AUGGCAAAGCCAGGAAAGUGCGAGCACGCCUUCAAGAUGAUCAAGUCAGACACCACCUUGAUUCUGUGGAACUGCAACAUGUGCCACUCGGGGCCUCACUGGUUCAUCUUUGAGUGUGCCAAGUGCAAACUGAAGACCUGCCGGCCAUGCACACAGAAAGCUUCAUGA